GAUCAGUAGAUUUGGUAGGAGGUGUUUCAACGGAGAAGGUAAAGCAGCGUGUCUCUGCGCCAGCGCCACCUUUUUAUAAUCCUCUCAGAAUAACCUGAAAACCACAUUCAAUUUCAUUUCCUUUGGGGUUUCUCUAUCCUACUUCAAUCUAUUCCAUUCAUCUUUCACCAGUGUGAAAAAUGGCGGCAACAUCAGCAACUAUUUUCUCAAUUUGUCCAACUACAUCUGCUGGGUCUAAGCCUUCACGCCAAAAAGCCUUUGGAUUGAAGUUCAACUCAAGGAGAGCUGCAGAAUCUGUAAGAUGUGAAUUAGAAACAUCCUUUUUGGGAAAGGAAAGUAGUGCAGCUCUUCGACAAUCAUUUGCUCUCAAGGCCCAAAAAGAAAACAAGAGAUCUUGGAACUACAUUCAACCUCAGGCAUCGUACAAAGUAUCCAUUCUUGGAGCUGCAGGUGGCAUAGGCCAGCCACUAGCUCUCUUGGUCAAGAUGUCUCCGUUAGUUUCUGCCCUAAACCUUUACGAUAUAGCAAAUGUCAAAGGAGUUGCAGCUGAUCUCAGCCACUGCAACACUCCCUCUAAGGUUUCAGAUUUCACCGGAGCUUCUGAAUUGGCCAAUUCUUUGAAAGAUGUAAAUGUGGUUGUAAUACCUGCUGGCGUUCCAAGGAAGCCAGGCAUGACCCGUGAUGACCUGUUCAACAUUAAUGCAAGCAUUGUGAGAACCUUGGUUGAAGCUGUUGCUGAUAAUUGCCCCGAUGCCUUCAUCCACAUUAUCAGCAAUCCCGUGAACUCCACAGUCCCAAUAGCAGCAGAAGUUCUGAAGAAAAAGGGAGUGUAUGAUCCCAAGAAACUGUUUGGUAUUACAACCCUGGAUGUUGUCAGAGCAAACACAUUUGUUGCUCAGAAGAAAAACCUGAGGCUCAUUGACGUCGAUGUCCCUGUCAUUGGAGGCCAUGCCGGAAUAACUAUUCUACCAUUACUGUCAAAGGCAAAACCAUCAACCACUUUCACCGACGAAGAAGUGCAAGAGCUGACUGCCAGGAUCCAGAAUGGUGGGACGGAAGUUGUAGAGGCAAAGGCCGGUGCAGGCUCAGCUACUCUUUCCAUGGCAUAUGCUGCUGCAAGAUUUCUCGAGUCCUCACUCCGUGCUCUUGAUGGCGAUAGUGAUGUGUACGAGUGUGCUUAUGUGCAGUCUGAUCUUACAGACCUUCCGUUCUUUGCAUCUAGGGUCAAAUUAGGGAGGAAUGGUGUCGAGGCUUUUAUCUCAUCUGACCUCCACGGGUUAACUGAGUAUGAAGAAAAAGCUUUGGAAGCCCUAAAGCCGGAGUUGAAAGCCAGUAUUGAGAAAGGGAUUAGUUUUGUUCAGAAAGAAGCAGCAACCGCUUAGAAUUGCAUGAGUUAGUACACAGGGAUGAUGAUAGUGGAGGAAUAAAGUAAUUCUGAGAAUUGCAUCAGAAUUCCCAGUUUUGUAGUGUCAUUGAAGUAAUGUAGUUAGUGAUUAUUCUUUUUCUUGUUUGAUACCAAGAGAUGACAUACCUAUGCGGCUGUGCGGGAAUCAAACUCUAACCUUUUGUAUUCUUUUAUUUUUUCUUACAUUGAAAUGAUCUCUCAUUCUGUUUCUUUUGUAA